CGCAUGAAGCACUCCCCACCUUUUAUCUGCGAAGCGGAAGCUUGUGGGAAGGCAUUUCGAUACAGAAAGGAUCUUGACCGGCACCGCAAAACCAAGCAUUUAGAGCUGUUUCAGGAGCCUGUGAUAUAUCAUAGUCCUUAUGAAGGAUGCAAGUUUUCUUUGGUGGGAGUGGCUGGCAUCUCAAGAGGAGAUAACCUCAACAGGCAUAUCUAGCCUCAGCACGAAAGGCUAAAUUCGGUCUAGCAGUAGAAAAUAUACUAGAGACAUUAAUGAAGCAGUCAUGCCAUCAAAUUGAACGAUACUAGGCGCCGGCGCGUAGUAUAAAAU